AUGAAUGAGUCAACUGUUGAGCAUGUAGCCAAAUACGAAACAGAAGGUGGCGACAUUGAUAAUGAUGAGGGUGUAAAAGUGAGGUAUUUCCCUAGUUCAUUAACUAAAAAUGCAUUCACGUGGUUCACCAUGCUAGCACCAAAUUCUAUAAGAACUUGGGAGCAGUUAGAGCGGGUGUUUCAUAAACAAUUUUACAUGGGUCAGUCAAAUAUUAGUUUGAAGGAAUUAUCUCUGGUUAAACGAAAGUCAUCUGAAUCUAUAGAUGAUUAUUUGAACAAAUUCAGAUUACUCAAAGCUAGAUGUUUCACUAGGGUUCCUGAACAUGAGUUAGUCGAGAUGGCAGCUGGCGUUUCAGAUGGACAGAUUGUAGUGCCCUCAGGCCUUAAAAAUCCACCAUUAGAACAAAAACGGAAAAGAGGUUUUUGCAAAUAUCAUACUUUUUUGGGUCAUAAUACUUCUCAAUGCAUUCUUUUCAAGGAUUUGGUGCAUAAAACGCUGAAGGAUGGAAGGUUGCAAUUUGGUGAGAAGCCAAAAGCUUCUAUGAAAAUUGAUAUUGAUCCUUUGCAUGUUGCUGAUGCCAACUUUGUCAAACCAACUGAGGUUUUCAUGUUGGAGAUUACUGAUGAUCUCAACGACGAAUUAGGCGCAGUGUAA